GAUCCCUGUUUGAGGGAUGGGGGAGCUGAGGCCUGGGGCCGCACAGCUGAAGAAGCGGCCCCUGAGUGACAGACUGUUGCCCUCCGCCCCAUCGGCUCGUACAGCGGGCGGGGGACUUCAGUCUCCACGCGCCCCCUGGGCUGUGCCGCGCAGCACUGCUGGCCCCAGUCAGAGGUGUGGCUGUGGCUCCUGGCGAAGAGCCGUAGUUUGUGAAAGAACUUUUGGGUGAAUACUCUGUGGGCCUGAUGACUUGCUGCUGUCACCAUAUCUCACAAGGAGUAGACAAGAGAGGGAACUGAAGAACCCAUGCCUAGGAAUGCCUGCUGCAGAGAUCCUACCUGAUCAUGCUGGAGCAUGCCAAGAUGAGAGAGUUUUCCUUAGGUCAGGCCUGUUUAAGAGAAGAGGGGUGGACCACGGCCCCGCUGCCAUAAGGAACGCGGGGCUGACGGAGCGGCUCUCCGGCUUGGGUUGCCGAGUGUACGACUUUGGAGAUCUGAGUUUCACUCAAGUGCCCAAUGACGAGCUGUACAACAACCUGGUCAAAUACCCACGCUCUGUGGGAUUAGCCAGCCAGGUGCUGGCUGACGCUGUGAGCGGAGCAGUGGCUGCUGGACAUAGCUGUGUAACUAUGGGAGGUGACCAUAGCUUGGCGCUUGGUUCCAUCAGUGGCCACACACGGCAGUGCCCUCACCUCUGUGUGAUCUGGGUGGAUGCACACGCCGAUAUCAACACCCCUCUCACAACUCAAUCUGGAAACCUCCAUGGACAGCCAGUCUCAUUUCUGUUACGAGAGCUCCAGGAUAAAAUGCCACUGCUUCCUGGCUUUUCUUGGCUAAAGCCCUGCCUCUCAACAUCUGAUAUUGUCUACAUUGGUCUGAGGGAUGUGGAUCCUGCUGAACACUAUAUUUUGAAGAACUAUGACAUUCAGUAUUACUCAAUGAGAGAUAUUGAUCGCCUUGGAAUCCAGAAAGUUAUGGAAAGGACAUUUGAACAACUAAUGAGCAGGAGACAAAGACCAAUUCAUCUGAGCUUUGACAUUGAUGCUUUUGAUCCUUCACUGGCUCCAGCAACAGGGACGCCUGUUUUAGGUGGAUUAACAUAUCGGGAAGGCAUGUACAUUACGGAGGAAAUACACAAUACAGGAUUGCUUUCAGCUGUGGACCUGGUUGAAGUAAACCCAUUGCUUGGAGCCUCGCAGGAGGAAGUGAAUGCUACAGCCAGUCUUGCAGUGGAUGUGCUAGCAACGUGCUUUGGGCACACAAGAGAAGGAGCACAUACUGUUUUUGAUGAACUCCCAACACCUAAUUCACCAGAUGAAUCAGACAGUGAAGAGCAAGUGAGGAUUUAG